AUGCCAGUGAUUACCCACACCGAUCAGAUCUCUGGCGUCGGCUUCACAGGUAGUAAUGUCUGGAACGGUUCGGCAGAAGAGAUUGCCGACCACGUCAGAUUUGUCUAUCCCCGGGUCGCCAUCGAGGUCUCCAGCCCCACCGUGCCUGCCUCGGAGAACAAGCGAGCGUCUUGCUCGGGUUGGAACUGUCUGAACGGUGCCCAGCAGCUUGGCAUUGUCAUCAGCUGCAUCGUCAUUGGACUCACCCUGCUUCUUGCUGUCACCUACUACAAAGCUAGCCGCAGAGAGGCCGGAUGGGCCCGUAACGGUGACAAUAUCGCCAUGCGUCGUACCCGAUGCCGCCAGCAGCCGUCGCCCGAGGAUGGCCGCCGCGCUUCCAUCGUCUCUCGCUACACCGAUAACGCGCUACCAACACUCCCCGGUGUCAGACCUCCGACCGCCGAGCCGCCUGUCUUUUUCCCGCUGAUCAUGUCGUAUCCCACCCCGACUGGCCCGAUUUACCAGAACCCCCCUCUGCUAUUUCACCCACACAAAGAGGGGAUCUCUCGUCCUCCCACGAUCUACCAGCCUAAUAUCCAACCGGUGCUCGUACCUGGUACCGAGCAACAGUCUCAGGACCGAGCAGGCCUGGAGAAGAACAAGGAACACACUACCAAGAAGAAGAAGCGCCAGAGCUACCAGUAUCGUCAGACCAAUGGUCAGCAAUAUCCUGGCGGCCUCUACCCGCGUGCUCCUACCAUCGGCCAGAAGUUCAUGAGACUCUUCGGAAUGCAGACUGGGCGCGCAGAAACCAUUGCAAGCUCGCGCCAAGAGUCUCAGGAGCGCGUCAACCCGGCUCAGGUCCGUCAAUCCAAUCACAAUGUCCAGCCCUCCGCGAUGCAUGCCGAGGAGCAUGGUCACGAAACACCCUAUCCAGUCCGAGUUCCCGUCGAACCCCUUUCUCCCGAGUCGAAUGCUGCCACUGUGUACAGCGACGACUAUGUCUUGCCUACCCCGCAUAGACCAACUCGUGCUGGCUCUGGUACUGCCUCUAUUCUCUCGCCUGGUCACCGUCGCCAUUCAAGCCGCCGCAGCGUCAGUCGUGACUCCGGACAUGGUGAAAAGCCGAGCACCCAGGUCUCCAUCUCUCGGGAUAGUCGUGAUGGCGAUGGUGCAGAACUCACCGAUGGAGGUGCUCACACCCACAGGCGGUUCGUCAUCCCUACUGCUGAGAUUCUCAGCAGCCAUUGA